UGGUUAUUGAAUUCAACAAUUCGAAACGAAAACAUUUUAUUUGACAUUUUUCCGUCAGCUUCGAGUGCUUUUAAUCCAUAAAUAUGGAUAGUCCCGCCUGUUCCCAUUUACUCGAACGGAAAAACCCUUCCCGACUUCUAGAAAAAGCCUUAGCACUGAUGGAACAUCAGCUUACCAAAGACGAUGUUCGCCGACAUCAGCAAACAAUCAAGGAAUAUUUAUACGUUUCCCGAGAAGGCUUUCUUGUGCGAGACCUAUUCAAUGUGAUGAGUCUUCUGGACUUAGUCCGCCUAAGGCGUAGUAAGGAGAAAUCCUUCGACGAAUCACUGGAUCAGCUAUUAGAUCUAUGUUCCAUUCCGCCAGUGCUAACCAGAUCUUUGGAAUUGUUGGAAUAUGAUAUGGAUAUGCUGGAAUACUUUUCCUGGUUAGGCUACAUGGUCGUUUGGCUAACCGAGAAAGCUUAUCAGCUGAAAAUUGUCAACUCCAUCUAUACAUUGCUGACUCGAGAAUACUCCCAAAGACACUACCUAUCACUGGCUGUUCGCAAGGAGAAAAUCCAUGCAAGCAGACUCUCAGAUGUGCUGGCAGACUUACUGGAAAUCGUCGAAGACGAUGUGUACCACAAGAUUCUAAAAAUUAUUCAUCUGCUAAUGGAUGGGCCUAAAAAAACUUGCGAAGUGCUCUUGAAAAAAGGCGCAGUCAGUGCUAUGAUUGUUCGAAUGGAGCCUACAUGGAUGCAGAGACUUCCAUCAACCAAGCCAAGUGUACCAUCAGGAAGGGAAGAAAUUCAGCACACAGACUCAAUCUUCUAUAUACUCACGUCCUUGAUAGCGCACGCUAAUGCCCAAAUGAUGCGAGCUCCAACAAAGUUUACUUUAUGGUAUGAUUUAUUUUAG